CGCGCCCUCCUGCAUUUACUUCACUCUUACGUUAGGAGUCAGUGAUGCUCUACUGAUGAUAUUUAGUAACGAUAGUCUGGACAGAGAUAGCAGCGCUUGUACAAUGGCAACAAAAAUCGAUAAAGAGGCUUGCAGAGAAGUUUACAACCUGGUCCGAGACGACACGACUGAUACUAACUGGGCCAGCUUCAUAUAUGAAAACAACACGAUAGUACCAGGUGCCUACGGAACAGAUUACGAGGAAUUUAAAAGCCAAUGUAAAGAUGACAUUCGGCUAUUUGGCUUUGUGAGAAUUACAACUGGAGAUGCAAUGAGCAAGCGGGCCAAGUUCACUCUGAUUACCUGGAUGGGAGAACAUGUUAGUGGACUGCAGAGAGCCAAAAUAAGCACAGACAAGACUCUAGUGAAGGAUGUGGUACAGAACUUUGCUAAGGAGUUUGUCAUUAGCGACCCCAGAGAACUGGAGGAGGAUUACAUCCGGAACGAGCUGAAGAAGGCCGGUGGAGCAAAUUAUGAUGCUCAGAUUGAAUAAGACAGUUGUUCAUGCUUGAAUUGUGCUUCCACUGCUUCUAGACAGCAUAUUGGACUGCAUUCCCAAAAGGAUUCUGUUCAAUAAAGAUCUGUCACAAUGUUCCACUUUGUGAAAACUACAUCAAUUAUUGGCACAAUCCAGCAUUCAUUCCUUGACUCAGUCUUCAUUUCACCCUCAAGUAAAGUUUCUAAAGACUGUUUCCUCCACCUGCUGUCUUUUUGUUUCUUUGAGUUCUCACUGGAUUACCCCAUUACUGGUUUCUGAUUGUAGUUUGAUAAUUGCAUUUUUUUUUUGUUGUUUUUCUGUUCACACUGCCCUAAUGUUUUUUUUUUAAUAAGUUCUGUAGUUCCUGUUGUAAAAUGUAAGGGGUUUCAUGAUGUACUGCUGCACAUUAUUUCUUAUAAGGUAUUUGGGUCUUUUUUUAAUUCAAUGAUAUGCAUACUCAGGUACAAAAUGCCAAUUAUCUUGUUUCAUCAACUGCGCAGCCACUUACUUAGCAUAAUUUAAAGCAGCAUUCAAAUCUGAAGGCAGAUUGGCCAGGACAAAUUUGAUCACCUUUUUCCUGCAGGAGUAUAUAAUACAAACUUUAAAAUACAGAAUUGUUAGUAAUGUGGAAAAUUGUAAUUCCAAACUCUGUCAGAUAUUUCAAAUGUUUAUUUUGUUCUGAAAAUGAAUUGAUGCUGAAAGUCUAAACCCCUGAGUGAAUUAAACCUCAAAAACACCAGUUUGAAGUAAUGCUGUCACUUUUUUCUUCCUUUUUAUAGCUUAAGUAUAAAACUGGAAAACGUGAAAAUAAGCAAGCAAACCUAUUGGGUCCGACCCCUUUCUCCAUGUGCCCUUAAUUGAUCUAACUUAUUGCCAAUUUGUGUGGUAGUGUAUGCUGUUCAUGCUAUCCUGUUCAUUUUUGCAUUAAAUAUGGGCACAAGAAAAUCAUGUGUGAAAACUUUUUCUAAGCACAUUUUCAUAUUACACUAAUUUACGUUCUGUAAUAUGUGAAGGCUGGUUAGAAGUGAAAAUAAACAAAAAAAUUAAAUACAUUAUGUAAAUGUGCAUAAUAUACAGUCUUAUCUAUAUGCUUGUAAUAGAUAAACAUGAAAGUGACAGGAUGCAUUGACCUCAGGAAGAGAGGGGGAUCCUAUUCACACAUUUAAAAUGUCCAGUGGCACAUUGUUCUCUUUAUCCAAAUGAAAAUAUUUUGUGAAGAUAUUUUUUUAUGGCUCUUUUGUCUGGAUUUACUUUGAGAAUAGUCUGUUAUAUGGAGAAUCCAAUGAGGUCUGUUAAAAGAUGAGUCAUUUCAAAUAAACAUUUUAUAAAAAAGCAAAA